AUGGAUCAAGCUACCAAAAUCUUGCUGCUGAUCGCAGUUUUGGUCGGAGCAGGAUUUGCUGAUCAUGCCGAAAAUGCAGCUAACCCCCUUGAGGGAAUUUGCUCCGGAGAACAAGCCUGCUUUUCCAAGCCGGACAAUUGUACCGAUCCCAUCUGUGACCUCAUUCUCUCGUUGGGAAGCAAUGUUUCAUACCUAUAUAUUCAUGAUAUCCAGGAGAAUGAAAUGCUGCACAUUUAUAUGUACGAAAAUGGUGUGCAAAACGACAGAAUCCGAGUCUUUCUGGGAAACAAUCCGUUUACAUUUGAUGGAAUCGAACCGUACGGGAAAGAGUACAGAUUGACUCAUAAAAGAUUUCGGGUUAAUGUGACUGUCAUAGACGACGACUACGAUCAGUAUCUCUACACCUACCCAGGUUUAAUGUUGAAACUGGGCGAAAACGUGUCAUACGCGUACAGAAAAUACAGACCGCAAGAAGGAUUGCAGCCAGUGAGCACAGAGAGAAUCCCGUUGCACUUUGUAGAAAGCUCCAAGAAACCCGUCGGAUUUAUCGACCAUGAUAUGAGCUUCCCGCCGACAACCCCUUUACCAAAAACUGAAGUUAGGAUGCCAGUGGAAUUUUCUGAUAGAAAACUUCGAUUCAAAAAAGAUUCUUCUGUCAAGACAGUCGACAUCAACUUUGUGUUGAACGAUCGGAUGAAUUUCUGA